GACUGCAAGCGCAGACUCUGCCUCUAAUGAUGGUCGCGGGUGCGAUGAGAGGUUUGUGAAUUUUGUCUUCGUGAAAUAUUGGAAUUUUUAUAUUAGGAAAACCAUGAUGUCUAAAGCUGUAGUGGGUCUUGCUGUCGGCAUUGCCGGAAUUUUUGUUGGUUAUUGUUUUUACUUCGAUCAGAAGCGUCGUAGCGAUCCCGAUUUCAAAAAGAAACUCCGUGAGCGUAGGCGAGCUAAGAAACAAGCACAACAAAAGGCUUCCUCAAAGAUUUUAGAUUUAAGGGAUCACGAAGUGGUGCAGAAAUUCUUUUUGCAAGAGGUACAACUUGGAGAACAAAUGCUUACUUAUGGUGACAUAGAAGGUGGAAUUGAACACUUGGCCAAUGCAGUGGCAGUAUGUGGCCAACCAACUCAGUUGUUACAAGUUCUCCAAAAAACUUUGCCACCAGAAGUUUUCCAUGCUUUAGUUCAGCGACUACCAUCAGUGGGCCAGAAACUAGUAAUGCAAACUCAGAUGGCAGAGGAGGAUGUCGAAUAAUUAAUAUAAAAAUUCGUUGAGAAUUCUUGAAUAAAAUUCGACUCUAGUGAAAAGUCUA